UUAGUUGCUGCAGUAUCCCACAUACAACAGAUUGCAAAUUAUGACUCCAGCUAAAAAAGAAGCAAAGAAGCCUUCAAGCAGGCUACUAAAUAUGAAGUUCAUGCAAAGAAGCUUAGAAAAGGAAAUGAGGGAAAAUUUGGAAAAGGAGAAGAAACGUAUUGCUUCUGAGUCAGAGUGGGUGUUGGAUAAUAAGUUGAUUGAUACACAGAAACCUAAGAUACAGAUUCAAUACGAAACAAGUUAUUUACCAUUUAUACAAAAUUCAGUAGCAGCUCGAAGAUCAUUUAAAGAAUUUAACAAGACAGUAGAGGCAAGAGAACAAGAAGAAGAGCAGGAGCAACGAUUGGCGCGAGAGGAAAAUGUCGAAAAAUAUUCACAGAUGACAGAUCGAGAAUUUGGUAACGAAAUGCAAACAAUCAGAAAGUUAUCAAAAAACCAGCUCAAGAAUAACCGUAAAAGAGCAAGAGCUGCGAUGAAAGAAUCUUCAGAAAAACGAGCAAAACCAGCAGAUACCGGGUUCAUUAAACCAGAAUGAUAACCAAGCAGUUUUAUUAGGACUCUGGGAAGUUGUAAAUCAGGGCCCCUUCCGCAUGUACAUAUAUAAAUAUGGGAAUUUAUCCUGUUUUAAAAGCUUAGAAUAUCAUUUUCUGAUUUAAUAGCAUCAUAAAUCAAAUUUACAAAGUAACAUCAACAAAAGAAUCUGAAGCCGAAUAUGUCAUAUCAAAGGAAAAUACGCUGAUUGAGAGCGUGUGUUUUAACGAUUGUACGUUGUUUCGCCUUGUGUUAAGUCGUUUGAUACAGUAAACCAGUGCUUGCAUGAUUUUCGUCUCGCGAAAGCUUAUCUGUGACCAGCUUACUCAAAAUUAAAAAGUUCAAUAAUUUUGGAUUAAGCUGACGUGUUAUUGC